GAAAAAGUUGGUUCACAUGUCGGGUGACUGUUCACAAACAAAACUGGUUACACCACUCUUCGGUAUAUAAUGAAUAUAAGACUAAAAUGCCAUGUCUUCACUAAAUAUUUCUGUGUUAUAAUGAGUCUUCUGCAAGGAAUGACAGCUGAUAUAAAAUGGGAUCCGAGGGGAUACAUUUUGUACUGCCCCUGCAUGGGUAGAUUUGGUAAUCAGGCGGAUCACUUCCUUGGUGCACUGGCGUUUGCAAAGAGCUUGGACAGGACCCUUGUGUUGCCACCAUGGAGGACAUAUAAAAACAUCCCAUUUGAUGAAUGGUUCCAAUUGGGUCCUUUGGAAGAAUAUCAUCGCGUUAUACUGGCCGAGGACUUCAUGACCGACUUAGCUCCGACCCACUGGCCACCGGAGCAGAGGCAGGGCUGGUGUUGGAUGCUGUCCAGUGACACGGACCGGGACUGCAAGAUGAAGGAAGGGAAUCCAUUCGGGCCCUUUUGGGAUGGACUGAAUGUGGACUUCGUUGAUGAUGUGAUCUACAACAUGGGCUACGACUACACACAGAUCUGGAUUGACAGGUAUCCAGCCAGCAAGUACCCAGUGAUGUCCUUCAAGGGAGCCCCAGCUUCCUUCCCUGUCAAAGAGGAGCAUGUGCAUCUACAUAAAUACCUUCAGUGGUCAGAGAAGAUGGAACUAGAAGCCUUGGAUUAUAUCAACAAGAAUUUUCCUGGCGACAUUUAUGUUGGUUUACAUAUGAGAAAUGGGCAAGAUUGGGAGAAUGCAUGUGUACAUGCUGAGGGGCGGUCAGCCUUCAUGGCCUCACCACAGUGUUUGGGGUACACCGGAAAAGGAAAGGUCACCACGAAGAUGUGUCUGCCGCCAGCUGAAGAAGUUCUAAGAUUAACCAGGGAGGUUGUUGUGUCAUCCAAGGCCAGAGUUGUCUAUGUGGCAACUGAUAGAAACCCCAUGCUGCCGGAGUUGCGGGAGCACUUGAAAGACCUUCAGGUGCAGAUAUUUCACCUUGACCCAUGGCUACCUCAAGUUGACCUUGCCAUUUUAGGUAUGGCUGACCAUUUUAUUGGAAACUGUGUAUCCUCAUUCACUGCCUUUGUCGCACGAGAAAGAAAAGUGAACAAGAAACCAACAUAUUUUUGGGGCUAUUCAUAGCAUUGUCUUAAGUUUGGGCAUAUUUUUUACAUCUUUUCUUUUACAGGAUUUAGUUUAUUUACCAAGAACUGUGUUUUUGUCUUGGGGUGAUAUUUAUGGUGAAUGGCUAUUUUGUGUGAUUGCUUGAUAUUGAUCCUGCUAUUGCUAUGAACACAAGUGUAUCAGAUUAAUAUGGUUGUUUUGGUUUUUUUUAAAAAGGCAGACUGUCCAGUUGUGAAUUAUUAUCCAUUAUUAUUGUUACCGUACCUUUAACCCUGUAUGAUACAUUCCUAUAUCGUGAUGCAGUGUAUCUGAGGUAUGGUAACCAUGCUUUUGUAUUUAGUCCUUUAUUGACCAAUAUUGUGCAGCUAUUCUCCAAACGUACAGAAGAAUAAGUGUGCAUAUACUUGAUUGAAUACUUAUAAAUUAUUAUGAGGGCACAGAUGGCCCAGUCGUAUAAGGUGCCCCAGUUCAGGGUGCAGAGUUGCUUCCCUUAGCAAGUAUUUAUCCACGAUUCUAAACUAAAUGCCCAUGUAAAGAUAAGAAUUUAUGGAUAAACAACUUCUUUAUUACAAUUAAGAGCGAUGUUUCGGUGUAGGUUCCAACACCGUUAUCAAGCACUAA